AUGUGGGGUGCAAAGCUAAAACCCUUGCUUCCUGCUUCUCCCCUUCUCUCCUCUCUUCAUUUCACUCCCAGGAAGUGCUUCAUUCUUGGCAAUCCUUCGUUCUCAGCGGUAGAGGAGGGAAAGCAGUACGGCGUGAUAGUGAUAGGGGCGGGGCACGUGGUGGGCAAACUUAUGCUGAACCCCUUGCUUCCUGCUUCUCCCUUUCUCCUCUCUUCAUUCCAAUCCCAGGCAAUCCUUCGCGGCCCACCAUUCUCAGCAGUGGAGGAGGGCGAGCAGUACGAUGUGAUUGUGAUAGGCGCGGGGCACGCGGGGUGUGAGGCAGCUCUGGCGUCCGCCAGGCUGGGCGCCAGGACGCUGCUGCUCACGCUGUCGCUUGACAAGAUCGCAUGGCAGCCGUGCAACCCAGCAGUGGGGGGUCCGGCCAAAUCACAGUUGGUGCAUGAGACAGACGCCCUGGGAGGGGAGAUUGGCAGGAUGACGGACAGGUGCUAUGUGCAGAAGCGAGUGCUCAACCGGUCACGGGGGCCGGCGGUGUGGGCUUUAAGGGCGCAGACGGACAAGCGGGAGUACAGCGAGGAGAUGAGGAAGGUGGUGGAGAACACGCCCAAUCUGUUCAUCCGAGAGGCGAUGGCAACGGAGCUCAUAGUGGGCCCCAACGACGACGUGCAGGGCGUGCGGACGUUCUUUGGGGUCGACUUCCUGGCCAAAGCGGUCGUGCUCACUACAGGUACCUUUAUGAAUGGCCGGAUUUGGGUGGGAAGACAGUCACUCCCAGCAGGCCGGGCAGGCGAGGGCGCCUCCCACGGGCUCACAGAGUACCUCCUCUCCCUCGGCUUCGAAUCCGACCGUCUAAAAACCGGCACGCCGCCGCGGAUCGACAUCCGGACCGUCGAUUUCUCCCGGUUGGAAGAGCAACCAGGGGACGAUCCUGAGGGGGGGGACGGCGUGGGGGAGCGGUGGUUCAGCUUUGAUGAGAGCGUGUGGAGGCGGAGGGAGCAGAUGAGCUGCUGGUUGACUCGAACGACCAAAGAGACCCAUCGGCUGGUGCAGGCGAGUCUGCAUGAGACGCCCACGUAUGGCGGCUGGGUGGACAGGCGUGGGCCCCGCUACUGCCCGAGUAUUGAGGAUAAGAUAGUGCGAUUCAAGGACAAGGAGUCGCACCAGAUCUUCCUCGAGCCUGAGGGCCGAAGUGUGCCAGAGCUCUACGUGCAGGGAUUCUCCACAGGCCUACCAGAACGCCUGCAGCUGGCCCUUCUCCGCUCUCUCCCCGGCUUGGAGCGCUGUGCCAUGCUGAGACCCGCUUAUGCAGUGGAGUAUGACUACUUGCCCGCCUACCAGUGCCAGCGCACACUCAUGACAAAGAAAAUUGAAGGGCUGUUCUUCAGCGGGCAGAUCAACGGCACCACGGGCUAUGAGGAAGCUGCUGCGCAGGGGUUAAUCGCAGGGAUCAACGCGGCCAGGCUGGCGGAUGGGAAGCCGCUGAUUGCGCUUGAGAGGGAGAGCAGCUACAUCGGCACCCUUAUUGAUGACCUGGUGACCAAGGAUUUGAGAGAGCCGUACCGCAUGCUCACCAGCCGUUCGGAGUUCCGGCUGCUGCUGCGGUCAGACAAUGCAGACGUGCGGCUGACACCCAUGGGGCGCGAGAUCGGGCUGAUUGAUGACCGCCGGUGGGGCAUGUAUGUGGCGAAGCAGGCGAGGAUGGACUCUGAGAAGGAGAGGCUGAAGCGAUACAAGCUGGCAGCCUCGCACCCGGCCAUCCCAGCGAUAGAGGAGCUGUCAGGCGCAGUGCGGCACGGCACAACGCUGGAUCAAAUCCUCCGCCGCCCUCAUGUCACCUACAGCCUCUUCAGAGACCACCACCUCAUGGGCGCCCCUACCCCCCUCUCCUCCUCCUCUGGUUCGGAAAGUGGUUCGGAGAGUGGUUCAGAAAGUGGUUCGGAAGGUGGUUCGGGGUCGGUGGGGGAGUGGGGGGAGGGAGGGGCGGUGGUGUCGGCAUGGGAGGCGGAGUGCGUGGAGGUGGAGUUGAAGUAUGAAGGGUUCAUUCAGAGGCAGAAGCAGCAGCUGGAGCAGGUGAUAGCCAAGGAGCACCGCCGCAUUCCCGAGGACAUUGACUACGACUCCAUUGCCACCAUCUCCAAGGAGGCCCGUGAAAAGCUCUCCAAGAUCCGGCCAGCCACCAUUGGGCAAGCCUCUAGACUGGGCGGAGUCAACCCUGCUGACAUCACGGCUCUGCUCAUUUUCCUGGAACCUGUUGAAGAUUUGGAGAGCGUCCUUUCCGGUCUUGGGGCGAAGCUUGAUUCGAAAGACUGUCCCUCGCGCGUUCCACGGGACUCGGAGGAACAGGCACAGCUACCUGUGUGCGACCCGAACCCGUGUCCAGCGACAAUAAACGAGCGAGAGUUAGGGGAUGAGGAUAUAGAGGCUUGGGAAGAACAGUACGAGGGUGUGGACGACGAGGAUUCUCCAUUUAGUUCAACUUCUUCAUUCUUAGAACCAGGACAGGCGUUUGUGGGGACGCAGAACGUGUCGUCCUCAUCUUCCCCGGGCGACUCUUCUCCGCCGUUAUCAGGCAUGGAGCGGGAUGAGGCUUGGCGGGUGACGGUGCGCAUCCAACAGUGCGACAUGCGGAGAGGGUACCUGUGCGGAUCCAUGGAGGCUCUUAACGUUCCCUCCACUGACACCUCGGUGGUUACCUUUUGGGACGGGGAGAUUGUGGACGGCAAGAACUACUCCUUCUUCACCGGCCAAUGGGACGCCACUCGUGAAACUGACAUCAAACACUGGUCUCGCUUCCCGUGCUUUCCGCAGCUCAAGGUGUGA